AUAGGAGGAGGCGGCGGUGAUUUCUUUGGGUUAGGAGGUGGCGGUGAUUUCUUUGGGUUAGGAGGUGGCGGUGAUUUCUUUGGGUUAGGAGGUGGCGGUGAUUUCUUUGGGUUAGGAGGUGGCGGUGAUUUCUUUGGGUUAGGAGGUGGCGGUGAUUUCUUUGGGUUAGGAGGUGGCGGUGAUUUCUUUGGGUUAGGAGGUGGCGGUGAUUUCUUUGGGUUAGGAGGUGGCGGUGAUUUCUUUGGGUUAGGAGGUGGCGGUGAUUUCUUUGGGUUAGGAGGUGGCGGUGAUUUCUUUGGGUUAGGAGGUGGCGGUGAUUUCUUUGGGUUAGGAGGUGGCGGUGAUUUCUUUGGGUUAGGAGGUGGCGGUGAUUUCUUUGGGUUAGGAGGUGGCGGUGAUUUCUUUGGGUUAGGAGGUGGCGGUGAUUUCUUUGGGUUAGGAGGUGGCGGUGAUUUCUUUGGGUUAGGAGGUGGCGGUGAUUUCUUUGGGUUAGGAGGUGGCGGUGAUUUCUUUGGGUUAGGAGGUGGCGGUGAUUUCUUUGGGUUAGGAGGUGGCGGUGAUUUCUUUGGGUUAGGAGGUGGCGGUGAUUUCUUUGGGUUAGGAGGUGGCGGUGAUUUUGGUGGGUUAGGAGGCGGUGGAGGCAAUGGUGAUGGUGAUGGUGUGGGAGGAGAUUUUGGUAGGUUAGGAGGCGACGGUAAUGGAGAAGGUGAGGGCGGAGAUGGGGAUACACUAGGAGGCAAAGGAGCUAGUGGUGAUGGAGAUGGUAUUGGUGGAGAUUGGGUUGCGCCAAGAGGUGUUGGUGAUGGAGAUAGUGAGGGUGGAGAUUUGGGUUGUUUAGGAGACAGUGGUGAAGGAACUGGUGAUGGCCGGGGUGGAGAUAUAGGUAGUCUAGGAGGCAACGGUGUUGGAGAUGGUGAUGGUGGAGAUUGGGAUACGCUAGUAGGAGAUGGUGAUGGUGACGAUAAGGGUGGAGAUUUCGCUAGGCUAGGAGGCAACGGUGUUGGAGAUGGUGAUGGUGGAGGUUGCAAUGCACUAGAAGGUAAUGGUGAUGGGGAUGGGGAGGGUGAGGUGGAGGGUGAGGGUGAGGGUGAGGGUGAGGGUGAAAAUCUAGAUAGGUCGGAAGCCAAUGCGAAUGGAGAUGGUGAUGGUGAUGAUGAUGGUGAUGAUAAUGGUGAUGGAGAUGGUGAUGAUUUACGUACCCGUGGAGGUAACGGUGUUGGAGACGGAGAUGGUGGAUAUUGGGAUACGCCAAGAGGAAAUGGUGACGAAGAUGGCGGCAACAAGGGUGGAUAUUUCGGCAGGCUUGGAGGCAACGGUGUUGGAGAUGGCGAUGGUGGAGAUUUGGGUAGGUUAGGAGCUGAUGGUGAUGGAGAAGGUGAGGAUGAGGGUGAAGUGUUUAAUACGUUAAUAGGCAACAGCGAUGGAGAUGGUGAGGGUGGAGAUGGGGAUACUCCUGGAGGCAAUGGAGCUAGCGGUGAUGGAGAUGGUAGUGGUGGAGGUUGGGUUGUGCCACGAGGUGUUGGUGAUGGAGAUGGAGAUGGUUGGGUUGUGCCACGAGGUGUUGGUGAUGGAGAUGGAGAUGGUGAGGGAGGAGAUUUGGGUAGAUUAGAAGGCGGCUGUGAUGGAACUGGUGAUGGCAAGGGUGAAGAUUUUGGUGGGUUAGGAGGUAUUGAUGAUGGAGAUGGUGGAGAUUGCGAUACACCAAGAGGUGAUGGUGAUGGGGAUGGUGACGGCGAAGGUGGAGAUUUAGGUAUUGUAGGAGGCGGUGGUGUUGGAGAUGGUGAUGGUGGAGAUUGGGAUACGCUAGUAGGAGAUGGUGAUGGGGAGGGUGAGGGUGAGGGUGAAGAUUUCGAUUGGUUAGAAGACAAUGCUAACGGAGAUGGUGAUGGUGAUGGUGGAGAUUGGGAUACGCCAGGAGAUAAUGGUGAUGGAGAUGGUGAUGGCAAGGGUGGAGAUUUUGGAGGGUUAGGAGGCAACAGUGAUGGAGUUGGUGAUGGUGGAGACUGCGAUAGGCCAGGAGAUACUGGUGAUGGAGAUGGUGAUGCUGAAGGUUGGGAUACGCCAGGUAGGUUAGGAGGUAAUGAGGAUGGAGUUGGUGAUGGAGAUGGUGGAGAUUGGGAUAUGGCAGGAGGUAAUGGCGAUGGAGAUGGUGAUGGUGAGGGUGGAGAUAUGGGUAGUUUAGGAGGUAAAGGUGAUGGAAAGGGUGGAGAUUUCGGUGGGAUUGGAGGAAAAGGCGAUGAAGAUGGUGAUGGUGAUGGUGGAGAUUGGGAUAUGGAAGGAGGUAAUGUUGGUGAUGGAGAUGGCGACGGGAAAAGCGGUGGUGGUGGGGAUUUCAAAAUAGGAGGUGGUGGUGGUGUCACAAUGCAAGGUGAUGGUGGUGGGGGUGGUGAUUUCAAAAUAGGAGGUGGUGGUGUCAAAAUAGAAGGUGCUGGUGGUGGUGGAGAUUUCAAAAUAGAAGUUAAAGUUUAG